AAUAUUGCAAAAAAUAAAAUAAAAAUUACAAUGGAAUCAGUCAACGGAGAGACUAUUGGGAAAGUAAGCACUUCUGGCAGCUUGAAGAUGAAAUUGAACAUGCUUGAGAAUGCAAUCACCAAAAUCAUUGAGGAGAUAAAUUUUCAAAAGAGGGAAGUACAGCAAUUAAAAUCUGAGAAAGAUACUCUUGAGAAAGUGUUAGAAAAUAAAGCAUUAGAUGUCAAAAAGAGUAUGGAAGAUGAUGUAGUGAGAUGUAACUCAGAUAUGAGACAAAAAUUCUCCGAUUCUAAAAGUUUGAAUAAUAAACUCCAGGGUGAAAUCACUGGGCUAAAACAGGAGAAGACUACACUCCAGCAGAACGUCCUUACUUUGCAACGUAAGAUCGGAGAGCUUGAAUUAACUGUUGGCCAGGCUGGAUCAUAG